GAUGCACACAGUUGCUUUUAUGCCUCAAUGACUGUACUACUGACAAUAUGGUAUACACUAUCUACCUGCAAGCUUUGGAUGGCAACAUAGUUGAUGUUCUGCCAAAAAUCAGGUCAAAUUCCGUGAUCAAAGUUUUUGCAGACAUCGGUAAAAGCAGCCAGAACCAUGGCGCAUACAAGUCCAUUGUCAAACUAUCUGGUCUUUGCGGAGCUCUGGCUCUUCUACUCAGUAUCUAUGGUGCCCAUGCGCUAACAAAGUCGUCCGAAAAGCACAAACGCAUUUUUCAGCUGGGAGCACACUAUCAGCUUAUCAGUGCCAUCGUCCUCUUGGGUGUACCAUGGGUUGACCACCCGUAUGUGGUGACUGCACUGCUAACCGCUGGUACAGUGAUGUUCUCUGGAUCCUGCUACCAUAUGGCAUUGACCGGGAAAGGAAAGCUUUUUAAAUUAUCUUCCGUUGGAGCCAUCACCCUUUUGUUGGCUUGGUUUUCUAUUCUUUUGUGAUAGAUAUUUCCUUUGUCUGAACUGACAUAUUACCAUCGUUCAUUUCAUUUUGUUCG